CGAUGGUAAAAUAUAUGGAUGUAGUAGCGAAGGCAAACAAUAUAUUGUUUGAUGUGAGAGAUAGCGAGACUGCUUUUAAAACGAAAUUAUUAUUUAUUCUCUCCAACAAGAAAUAAGGAGUAACGCAUCGAAAACCAUUCCUCAAAACAUCGUAAAUUUCGUUGGUUUCCAAUCUCGCGAACUUUUAGUUUUUCGUGUUGUUCGAUCCUUGCCAUCGAGAGGCUUAAGCCAAACCGAACGAGCCGACAACAUCGGAAAAUGACGCGCCACCACCUGAACUGACCGCCAGUCAUGGGCAACGACUUAUCCGGACUCGAAGGACCAUCAGACGCCACCUCGGCCGAGAUGCUGCGUCCCGACGCCAUGGACUACCCAUCCAACGCCACUGUCGACCUGGUGGACUACGUAGCCGCUGUCAACCAGACAGGCUGUGAGGAAUUGUACGCCAACGAGACGCUGGCGAUGACGCGGGAGCUUUCGACGCUGGGAUUCUGCGGACCCAUGGCCGACCCGGUGGCCUGCUGGCCUCCGACGCCUGUGAACACUACUGCGGUGAUAAGGUGCUUCGCCGAGCUGAACUUCAUCAGAUACGACGAUAGCCAAAACGCUUCUAGAUUUUGCAUGUGGAACGGCACCUGGACCAAGUCAAAUUAUUCAGCUUGUAAAGAAAUUUUUAAUGUACCACCAGACGUUGAAACUAGCAUAUAUUUUGUGGGAUACACCUUUGGCCUCAUAAGUUUGUCUGUAGCUGUUGGGAUAUUCACGUAUUUCAAGGAACUCAGAUGCUUGCGAAACACCAUACACAUGAACCUCAUGUGGUCCUAUAUGCUGACCUACACUAUGUGGAUCAUUACCCUGAUAUCGCUCAACACAAGCUUCAACGUUUCGGUACCCUGCGUAUUCAUCAUAACCCUUUUACAUUAUUUUCACAUCACCACUUUUUUCUGGAUGUUUGUCGAAGGUCUCUAUUUGUAUAUUCUGGUUGUGGAAACGCUGACAAGGGAAAAUUUCAAAUUAAGAAUUUACCUAUUGAUCGGAUGGGUGUUUCCUUUAUGUUUCAUUGCUGUUUGGGCAAUACUAAAAAGCUUCAUUUCAACAGAAGAUGAUCCUGCAAAUUCGUGCGAUUGGUUCAACCCCCACCUCGUAGACUGGAUCUUUCAGGCGCCGCAGGUGGCAGUCCUGCUUUUGAAUCUGAUCUUUCUGGUGGCCAUCAUGUGGGUGCUGGUGACCAAGUUGCGUUCUGCGAACACUGUGGAGACGCAGCAGUACCACAAGGCUGCUAAGGCGCUGUUGGUGCUGAUGCCGCUGUUGGGCGUCACCUACGUCAUCACCAUAUGGGCGCCGACGCCAGACGCCGAUUCCAAGAGGAUUUUCGAGAGGGCCAGGGCUGUGCUGCUUUCGCUGCAGGGGUUCACGGUUGCCCUGCUGUAUUGUUUCCUGAACACGGAGGUCCAGAACGCUGUUCGACAUCAUUUGGCCACGUGGAAGACCAGGAGAUCGCUGGGUCCCAACCGUCUGCGGUCAGGCAGCCGCAGUAAAGAUUGGUCUCCCCGAUCGCGCACGGAGAGCAUACGAUUAUAUAGUCAGCCAACCAGCGUUUAUCAUAAAAGAGAAUCUACAGCAUCUGAAGUGACCACAACGACGUUAGUAACUGUUAAUGGAGGGACUACAAGACCUUCAAUCAACGAAUCGUCUUUCAUAGCUACCCAGAGGACAUCUCUGCUGUACCCCACCAGGACAGGGGGGCCUGGAGGAAAUGUUUGAACGUGAAAUUUAGUCUAAAAUGAUCAAUUUUUUUCCUUAAUCUCCUCUACUUUUCAAAAGGACCAGGAUGAAAGGCGUUGUGGAUGACUUUUGAUAUAACUAUGUUGGCAACCGUGAAUAUUAAUGUCAGUUGUCAUUUCUGUCAAAAUGUUGCAAUGUGUUAUUUUUCCAUUUGGGAUAUAUGGAUACUGGUCGAGAUUUGAAUUGCAAAAUUGAUAACUUGGUAUUCAUCAAUGAAAUCUUUCACUUAUGUACAAAUAUUCAUGAAUGCCAAUGUAUUAAUAUCAAUGGUGCCACCAUAACAAUGCUCAUCCCUUGUGGGUUGUUCAAAGGCAGGACCAGAAAAGUAUUCGAAAAUUAGUUCGAACUUUCUCAAUUGAGCAUCUCGAUAUAUGUAAAAUUCAUGAACUCGAUGUAAAGACAGUCUUUUAAGAAUUGAAGUAUUCUAAACCCAACAUGAGAAAAUAUUGUGGAUUUUUCAUCGCAGUUUCAUGUUACCACUCUUCAAAGUAAUGAGUUUACCUGGAUCUAUUUUGAAAGUCCAAAAGCAUUGAUUUUGACCAUUACUCAAUCAGAUAUGAUCUAGAUCUACUAACAUUGAAAACUAUUUUGUACUCUUUGAACACAGUUUCAAUCUUCCUACUUGAUUGAACACUUUUUGUAAGGUGUUAAUAAUUCGUAUAUGAAGACGUUAUAAACUGAAUAUUUUACUAUAGAUGUGAUU